AUGCCAAGAAGGCAGAAGAAAACGGCUAAGGUGGUUACAGGAGUGAUGGCACUGUGCAUGGUUGCUUACAUCGCAGGACCGUCUCUGUAUUGGCAUCUUAACGAGACCAUUGCAGAGUCUCUCCACUCUUGUCCUCCUUGUCUUUGUGACUGUUCUUCUCAGCCUCUCCUCUACAUCCCUGAAGAUUGUAUGAGACGAGAGGAAGGGAAUGAAGAGAACGAGAGUAGUUUCACGGAUAUGGUGGCUGAAGAGCUGAAGCUGAGAGAAGCACAAGCACAAGAAGACGAAUGGCGUGCAGACAGGUUGUUGUUAGAUGCUAAGAAAGCGGCGUCUCAGUAUCAGAAAGAGGCUGAUAAGUGCAGCAUGGGGAUGGAGACUUGUGAGCUAGCAAGAGAGAAGUCAGAGGCGACCUUAGACGAGCAGAGAAGAUUGUCUUACAUGUGGGAGCUUCGAGCUCGGCAAAACGGAUGGAAAGAUGGACCUAACAUUGUUUCCUCUGAUGUUAUCUAA